CAUCUGUGCUAUACUCUAUUGCACAGUAGAAAAAGCUAAUAAUAACAAUACUACAAUUAUAUAAUUGGAUUAGUAUUAAAUAAUUAGAAGAAAAAUGUUGAGUAAAUUGAGAGUGCUCGGAGUUGGUGCUAACAAACUUUCAAGGAAUUUUCUAUCGAAUAGAAGUGUUUCCUUGUCUUCAUCAUCCUAUUUAUCAGCCAGAUAUUCACGAUUCAGUUGUGCAAUUCAAGUAAAUAAUGCAAAAGUCAAUUCUUCACCAUCAUUUAAAUUUCCGAAUUUAAAUUAUCAACAUAAUGAACAGAGAAAUUAUUCAUCAUCAUCUUUUGAUAAUAACAAUACUAAUCAAUCAUCAUCUUCUGGUGAAAAAUCUAAAUUCUCCUUCUUUAAAUUGGUCAAGAAAUUAGCCAAAUAUCUAUUCCUAUCAAUCAGUGCAGUUUUAACAUUGUUGGCAAUUUGUAUUCCACCUGGUUUAUUGGUAGAUUUUGAUGAGGAAUCGAGACGUGAUAAAUCAGCACUAUUCUUUUUGAUUUUGGAUUCCUAUAAUGAUACUUGGAGUAUUUUGAAGAGAUUUGUCACUUCAUGUAUUUCAAUUACACAAGUAGCUCAAGCUUAUAGAGAAAUGAAUAAGAGAUUUGAACAACAAUUGAAGGAUAUUUCAACCAACAAGUAUACUGCUGAGGAGGAAGAGAAAAUAUUGAUAGAAUAUAUUAAUGCAAGAAGAGAGACUAAUUUGAAGGCAGCCAACUUGCUAUUGGACUUGUGUUUGGUUAAUGCUGGUGCCUAUGUGAAAGCAGGUCAAUAUCUUGCCUCACUCAAUUAUGCCAUUCCAAAGGAAUUUACAGAAACACUUUCUGUUUUACAAGACAAGUGUCAACAACAUGAUUUUUCAGUGACUGAAAAGAUUUUGAAGGAAGAUUUUGAUAAGGAUUUCGAAGAAAUAUUUUCCUACUUUGAAAAAGAACCAAUUGCCAGCGCCAGUAUUGCUCAAGUUCACAAGGCAGUAUUGAGAGAAUCUGGAAAGAAGGUUGCUGUCAAGGUACAACAUCCAAACUUGGAGAAAAUGUUCAAAUCUGAUUUGAACACUAUGAAAUUCUUGAUGUGGUCCACAAAGAAGUUUUUCGAUUUCCCAUUUUCAUGGUGUUUACCUGAAUUUGAAAAGUUUUUGAUCAGUGAAUUGGAUUUUGUCAAUGAAGCAGCCAAUUGCACUCAUUUCAAAACAAUAUUCAAGGAUUAUCCAAAUGAUCAAAUUGAUUCACCAUAUGUGCAUUGGAAUUUGACCAGUAAGAGAAUUUUAACCAUGGAUUUUAUUGAAGGAGUAAAAUUGAACGACUUUGAAGGAAUGAAAAAGUUGGGAAUUGAUGCUAAGGAAAUAAGUCAAUUGAUUGUGGACAGUUAUUCAAUUCAGACAUUUGUUCAUGGAUUUAUUCACUCUGACAUGCACAAUGGUAACUUGCUUGUGAGAAGAUCACCAAAAACAAACAGGGCACAAGUUGUCUACCUGGAUCAUGGAUGUUACAAACACUUGGAUGAAGAAACUAGAAAGGAUUAUUGUAAUUUGUGGAAGGCAGCUAUUUUCAGAGAUCAUGAAAAUCUCAAACUCUACACUGAAAAGUUUGGAAUUGAUGGAAAGUACUAUCCUCUCUUUGGUCUCUUCUUGACCUUCUCCAAUUAUAUGGAUAAGAGUUCAACAGCAAUGGUCGAUCAAAGAAAGAACAUGUCAAAAGAUGAAGUCAAGAAGAUGUUCAACAAUAUUAGAGAAACCUUCUUCCCAGGCAGCAAACACAAAGCUCAAGAUUUAUUCAAUAUCAUUGAAGAAAUGUUCAAGAAUAUGAAAUUAGAUUUAAUUCUUCUCAUGAGAGCCAAUAUUCAAAUUAGAUCCAUCACCAAAGAAUUGGGUAAACCAAUCAAUAGAUUUGCAACAAUGGUUGAAUACUGUCUCAGAGGUUUGCACUAUGAAAGAGAAAAUUAUGGAAUGUUAUGCAAACCACACAGAGAAUCCGAUUCCAAGACAGUUCUUGUCACUAAGGUUACACCAACUCCAUUCUUCCACACUCUCACCUUUCAAUUAUUAAGAUUCAAAUGUGAAUUACUAGCUCUGGAAGUUGUCUUUGUUUUGGCCAGAAUGUCCAUGAGAGUUUUGAACUUUUUCAUGCCAGGUAACUUUGAAUCUGAAGAAGCCAUGUCUGAUGAGAGAAGAGAAACUGAACAUGUUAAGGCAAGAAUUGAAGGAAGAAGAAAAAUGGAACUUGAAUCAAAGGAAGACAUGGAAGAAUUAUCUACUGAAUCAACUACUCCUGCUCCUGCUCAAUAAUUUAUAGAUUUGGAAAAUGGUGAAUUGUAAAUACAAAUUGUAAAUAUUAAAUGUAAAUGAUUCAAUAUUAAA